CUGCGUUGUUGUGACAUUUUGAUUUUCGCUCUUCUGUUGUGAAAACCAAUGAAUACUAUGUUGUUUAACCUUGAAUGAUUUGAAAUAAGUGAUGAUUGAUUAUUAUUUGUUUUUAACUAACUAUAGAAAAUAUUUCACAUGUGUUACCGUGAAAUAAUACAUGAUGGGUUGAAAUAGUAUUUGAUUGCGGCACUUAUUCUUCGUUUUUCAAAUACACUGAAUAAAAGGACCUAGGCACGUUGUAAUGUACAAUGGAGUUAGAUGUAUCGCCAAUGGAAUCUGUAAGCAACGAUAUGGAAUAUACCGAAAACUCAUCCGAAAAUAAAUACUUACCUUGUAAUAACAAUGACCAAUAUACUAUAAUUCGUAUUCCUCAAGAAGGUGAAAAACCUAACAAGCACUCCUCCAGAAAACAGUCAAAACGAAGAAAAAAGAGUUCAAGUCAUUCUAGACCUUUGCCUAGAAUAAUAGUAAAGCCAUUACCACCUCCUCCACCACCGGAAAAUCGAGAAUGGACAGCAGCUUCAUCAUGUUCAGAAUCAAGUUCCACUUCUAGUAGUAGACCUUCAACCAUGCGAGAGGUGUUAGCUAGCAUACCAGGUUUUUGUAUUAAACCGAGAAAACGUAAUGGUAAGAAAUUAUCAACAGCUGCUCAGUUACAGCAAACUAGGGAAGGGUGCAUAGAUCUAGAAACUCCAGAUUCCAUACUAGUUAAUACCAAUAUUAGAGCCCUCCUUAAUAAGCAUACAUAUUCCCUCCUUCCUCCUCUUUAUCAGUAUAAACUAGGGCAGCUACUCCCAAAUGUUGAUAGACCAAGUACUUCGGGACGUCUAAGUUCAUCUAGUCUUAAUAAUGAGUUUUUUGCCCGAGCCUGUUUAGAAUGGCAAGAAUCUUUAUCUGGAGGAGAAUUUACACCUGAAAAUCAACAAAAAAUGAAGACUGAAGCUGAAAAAGAAAAAAGCAGAAUUGACCCCUGGAAAUUAAAACAUUUUGAACCAUUUUGGGGAGAGAAGUCACAAAGAGAAAAAUCAUCAAUCAAUUUAAAUUCUGAGAGACCAUCUCUGAAGACUACUAUAAAACUGAGACCCACUGCUUCUAUUACCAGCAGCAGUACUGUUCCUAAAAUUAAAAAGAGUAAAUCUUCAAGCUCCAGUAAAAGAUUGCGUUCUGUUGGUGCAGUGACUAGAUCUUCAGCGAAAGAGGCUGAGGAAGCUGAAGAUGAUUCAAUGGCUAGUAGUAAUAAAUCUUCAGCACCAGUGCCUGCAUUACUGCCACUCAAACAUUCUAAGAGCCAAGGCUAUGUAGAUUGUCAAAUGGACUUCAGUUUCUCUGAUUCUUCAUCUAUUACAAGAAUAGAGGAUUCUGUAGCUACAACUCCGAUAGAUCCUCUAUUGUUACCAGAGGAUUCGGCAAAUGAAGUAAAGCAAGAUUUGGAUAUGAGUGUUGUAAAAAUUGAAGAAUCUAGCGUAUCAAAGGACUGUGAUGAAGAUAAGACAACAGACUCAGAGAGUAAUUUAGCUGAGACAACAAAGAGAUUGAGUAAUGAUAUUGAAGAAUAUAGGUUCUCCAAGAGAGUAAGGUAUGAGGAUGAUUAUGCUGUAGAUCAUACAAGUUUCAUGAACCACAACAUAUGCAACUCUGAAAGCAACAAUGUUGAUGAAGAGCCCCAUUAUACCAAUGAACAUAUAAGUCAAGUUGAAGAAAUUAAUUCCUACACAGUACAGGACCAAGGAGACACCAAUAGUGAAGACAGCAAAGCUACAGCUUCUGUCUAUGAAUAUGAUGAACAGAGUGUAUCAUCUAUAUCCAGCUUAAAAAUUGAAAAUAACCUCAACAAUGUCUCCCUUAUGGCUGAAUCUACUGACGUUGUGGUAAAUGAAUAUGAAAAUCCAGAACCAGAAAUUCAAGAAAAUACUUUGAAUAAUGAGGAGGUUGUCACUGAAUCACUGAUUCAUGAUAGCCAGGCAGAAUUUGCACCUGUUUUAAAUGAAAAUAUAGGUGCUUAUGCUUCAAAUAAUAUAGAUUCUCACCAAUGUGAUAAAAUAGCUAAGGUAACAACUGAAAAAUCCUUUGAAAAGAUGGAUGUUAUGGACGAAAUUCAUUAUUCGAGUAAAUCUGAAGAGGCUCUCAUAAAAAACGAAGCUAAUAUUGAAAGCAAAUGUGAUCAAAAAUUGAAAGAGACUGAAAGUGUUGUUCCUAAUUUUUAUGACGAACACUUUAAAGAUGCAGAAUCCUUUAUAUUAGAAAGUGGAUUACCAACAAUGGCUCCUCAGAGUGAAGUUGUGAAAUAUGCACCACAAACAAGUAUGAUGGAGCUCACUUCAUAUAUGAGUGAAACUAAUGUAACUGCUGUUGUUACAAUGCCAAUGCCUCAAAACACAUCUAUACCAAUGAUGGAAGUUACUAAUACAUCAGUUGUGUCCUAUCCCGAUGAUCACUUACAAGAUCCAGCCAAACCGAAAAAUUCAGCUGUUUUGUGGAAAAAUGACAGUGAUUGGACCCAGAAUGAAAAUGUUAUCAAUAUUCAAAAUUUUUCUAAUAUUAAUAAUGAUAGCACAAAAUAUGUUAGUGAAGAUUCAAAAACUAGUAUGGAGGAUGCAAAUAUCAAUGAUGAGAAUUGUAUGUACAAGACUGACAGAGACACAAACUUUAAUAUGGAGUCAUCUAAUUCUUCUGAGAGCUGUCAGUCUAUGAAAGAUGUAUUGAUAAAGCAAGAGAUGGACCCAGCCACCAAUCUUGUAUCUAGCACAACAGUCACAAUGUCAUCAAUUAAUUCAGCCACUAUGACACAAAGCAUUAGAACUAAUGUAAAGAAAUCAAAAUCAGGAAAAGAUUCCAACAGGAGUCGCAGCUCAAACAAGGUGCCACCCGGUGCCGUGAACUUGGAGCGCAGCUACCAGAUCUGUCAAGCUGUGAUCCAGAACAGUCCCAACCGAGACGCUCUCCGCGGACAGCUGCGUCCUCCACCAGCGCUACUGACACGAGCACCACGACCUCCUCGUCCACCUCCACCGGUACUUGUCAGACAGCUACCAGCUGUUAUACCACACCCUGAGAUUAAUGAAAAUAGGUCCAACAAUAUGGGACAGUACAUACUCGUUCAAAGAACACCCAAUGUGGCACCAAGAGCGUCCAGCCCUCCAUCUAACCCCAACUCUAAUGUGAAUGUCACCCGCUGCCGGAGUGUGGGUGCCGAUGACUCAUGUGUGUGCAACCUUCGGGCUAUGAUAUUGUGUAAAAAAUGCGGCGCCUUCUGCCACGACGACUGCAUCGGUUCCGCAGAGCUGUGCCUCACGUGCCUCAUCCGCUGACCCUCCUCACAUGCCUUACAGCUCAUGCCUACCAAGUCUCCAAUAAAAGUGGUGUUUCCUACAUAUAGUAUUUUUGUGAUUAUUCUAGUGAGCGAGCAUUGGAAUGUGGUUGUAGGAACGGUGGUGCUAUCUAUUACAUGUUCAAUGACAUGAUUUUAUUUAUAUCUUUCACUGUGAAUCAAUUGUCAGUCUCUAAGACAAAAUGUAUUUGUGUAAUUUUGUAUAUAUAUAUAUAUUGGAUAUGUCUAGGGAAAGAAAUGUGCUCCAUAUGAUAAAGUAUUAAUUGCCUAGGUAUAUCAAUAGAUACUAUAUUUAUACAGGAUACAUUUAUAACUUUAGAAAAUAUUUGUACCUCCAUUCUAGCAAUACAAUAAUUAAUAAUGUGUUAAUAUAAAUUACAACAAUUUAUUGAAUAUAAAUUUUAAUGUUAUAUAAUCCAAACUCAUAGUAUAGACUGGCACAAGUUUAAUUCUGUAUCAAUUUUAUAUUGGCUAUGUUAAUAGUUCUUAUUACGAAAAACAUUUAAUAUAUGAAACAUUUUCUUCUAGAUAAAUUCAAAGUUAAAAAUUUAUAAUCGCUAUAUUUUUUUCGGUAUGUAUUGAUGCAAGUAAUAUCAUAAUUUGUAAUCUUUAUGUUUAAUAUUACUAUAAUAAAAAAAUAAUAGAAGGAUAUAUUUUUAACUUUGGACUAAAUGUACUAAUAAUAAUCAUGUAUAAGUCGAUAGUUAAAAAUGUAUUAUGUGUGAAAAUAAAAAUUGAUGUUAAACAUUUUGAAGAAUGUUUUACACAUUUUUAAGUAGUUACUUUAUAAACUAUUUUUAAAGUAUGACAAUUGUAAUAUUUUAUCAUCACAAAACAUACAUACCUGAUGAAUUGUUUUUAUUUGCCAUCAACUUUUGGUAUAAUUUUUACUAAUAUUAAGGUUGCCAUCACAUUGUCUUGUUAUACUUUUAGCUAUUAUGUUUUCUGAGCUAGAUAGUUUAGUAUUGUAUAGGUUUAGGAGUUAGUUUGGUAUUGUUUGCUGUAAUAUUAAUUUUAUGUUAAGAUUAUGUACAGAUAUUUAUUGAAAUGAAGUUGGAUGCAAAAUCAUCAGAUCACAAAAAAUAUAUAUAUGGAUAAAUUUAAAACCACAUAAAGUAUAUAAAUCACAUCACACAUCACAUAUUAAUAAUAAAUAACAUGAUUUUGUAAUUCUCAAUACAUUUAGACGAAACUAUUUAAAUGGAUUUAACUAUAACAUUUUUUUAUACUCUAACCUGACACAUCUAUCUUAGCAGUUCUAGUGAUUGUCUUCCCGUAAUGUUAAAUCCAUUAAAACAGUUUUUAUUUAUAUAAUUUAAAUAGCUAAUUUAUUGAUUUACUAUUCAUUCAAAUUUCAUUGUAAAAAAACAUUAACUCUAGAUAUAAUUAUUGUUUUCGUUUUUAAGUGUAUGUUUUGACUUUGAUUAUUAAUCAUAUUCACAAUGUAACACUUUUUUCUUCCAGAGCUAAUGCACAGAAUCCCUGUGAUUGAGUGAGUUCGCUUGACAUGUAAUAAUUAUAUGGCUUUGAUAAUAUUGUAAUAACAAGCAAAAUAUAUUUUGCUUGAUACAUUUCAUAAGAAUGGUCUUAUCAAAUUUUUGUUUGUAUCAGAAGUUAGUGUUUACUAUAUUAUAUUAAAUAAGGAACGUUUUGCUCACUUCCAAUCACAAUUAAGUUAACUAAUAUUUUGUAUACACAAGUAAAAAAUAAAUAGAAGACAAACUGUUACAUUUCUUACAAAGAGGAAAUCUGAAAUUAUAUUUAAUUGAUUUUUUCUUCUCAAUCUCAAUCAAAUCUUGUGAUAAUCAAUUUCAAAUGAAUCGUAAAUUGUGUAUUUGUUCUGAAUGAACCUUUUAUUUAUAUUUCUUAUGUGUAGCUAAUUUAUGUGUAGAUUUCAGAAGUAAGAAUUAAUUUUCAGCACUUGUGUUGCCUGACAUGCGGUCUUUAUUUUUUUUAAUCCUUGUAAAAGUACAACGACUGAUAGUAGUACUUGACGGUGCUGCCACCUUUUAUCUCAAGGCGUAAGAGAAUUGACCGUAUUUAUAUAAUUUAUUUUAUGGAUGUGUACAAUGACGUUUAUAGUUAUACGAAUAUUUAAGAUGAUCUUGAUUAAAUAAGGACAUUAAAAAUCUACAUUUGUAAUAUUUUGAAAGAAUGACAAUGAAAGAAUUAUAUUCAAGUAAAUCUAUUUACUAAGACUGGUGUGUUUUAUGUUUGAAAAUAAUUUGCAAUUUUCACACGAUUGUUAUUUAUUGGUAAUUAGUUUUUUUUAAGUAUUUGAACAUUUCUUCUAAUAAAUUAUGUUCUUAAUCAAAUGUU